UGAGAAAACAGGAAAGUGACCUUCUGGGUCCUGAUGGAAGAGGGGGCUAGAAGCCCAGACUCCUGGGGUCCCUGUGGAGCAGGGGGCUGCGCAUGAAAUGCCCAUGUCCCUUUUGAAUUCUGGUUCCAUAUCCCCAACCCAGAGCCACAAAGGCCCGCCCUGAGAUCUUACCUCAGCUAUUUCUCACCCCAGGGUGAAGGUGGAUACAGACCCGCCCCUCCUCAGUUCCCUAUAAGGGCUGGGGACCCAGGACUGCAGGUUCACUCAUCAUGAGGGCUUCCAUGAAACCGGGGACCUUCUUGCUGGCCUUCACUCUGCUCUGCACCCUCCUAGGUCUGGGGUGCCCACUGAGCUGUGAAGUGUGCAGGGGCUCCGGGCCCACGUGCAGCGGAAAAAUGAAGACUUGCGAGGCCGGCAAGGACGCAUGCGUGGUCGUCGUGGGGGAGUCCUGCACAAAGGGCCGCCACGCGGUGAACACCUACAAGGCCUGCAUGAAGUACAGCGACUGCUACUCGGGAUUCGUGUCCACCACGAUGGGCCCCAAGGACUACAUGGUGUCCAACACGCGUUGCUGCCAGAGCGACGGCUGCAACCAGGGCUCGGUGCCCCCUCCCCAGAACAAUCGUACGGAGAACGGCCUCCAGUGCCCGGCCUGCAUCGCGCCCUUUCAGGAGACAUGCCCCGGGACCCAGGCAGCCCGCUGCGUUGGCCAGGAAACCCACUGCGUCUACUUCGCUGGCAACGUGCAGGCCGGUCUCAUCACCCCCAAAUUUGCCACUCGGGGCUGUGCUACGGAGAGUGCCUGCUUCGCCAAGGCGGGGGCGCAGGUGCCUUCAGCCUCUUAUCUGUACUUCCUCCGCCGAGCAGACUGCCUUCCAGCCCGCCAGGCCCCUAGCAGGGCGGAGUAAAGCGCUGAGGAUCAUGUGGCUUGAAGUCUCCCUUUGUCCUCAGUCUACACCUGCCCAUGUGCCUAUAAAUUAAACAGGUUAACAAAGCAA